ACAAGUAGCUACAUUAUACAACAUCAACACGACAUAACCUCAAUAGAACUCGGUAAUUUCACGUGUUUAAGAACGUUUAAACAAAAAAGAACUAAUACUUUUUUAACACUUUAAAUAUGGGUAAAAUUGAGAAGCCAUUGAAGCGAAAAAUAAACGGUAGAGAAAUAAAGAUCCAAGCGAACGACACUGAAGAAAUUGAAGAAUCCGAAGAUUCAGAUGAGGACUUACUAACGGAGGUGCAAGAAGACGAAAGCUCAGAGUCUGAAGAAGAAAGUGAAGACAGCGAUCCAGAAGACAGUGAAGAUGAUUGUGACGAAUCUUCUGAAGAACAAAGUGAAGAAGAUCAUCAAAAUGUAUCAGAAGACGAUUCAGACGAAGAAGUCGAAAGCGGAGACGACGACGAUAGUGAUGAAUCAGAAAGUGACGAGGAAGAUCAGCAAAUCAACGAAGAUCAUCGUGGGCAAAAGAUCACUGCAGAAGAAACCGCCUCCAAGUCAAGCACAAGCGAUGAAUCGAAAAUUUUGCAAAAUGAUAAAGAAGGCAGUGAAAGUGAAACUGCCACAAAAGAAAAAACACCAAGAAAAGGCGGUCGAAAUAGUGAAUCAGUAAAGUCUGUUGGUCAAGAGCAAAUAAGUAAAGCCACAGACGAGUAUGAUGCCUUUGACACAAGUGAUGAAGAGGAUAUUAGGAAUACUGUUGGGAAUAUUCCGAAGAAUUGGUAUGAUGAAUACAAACACUUAGGAUAUGACUGGGAUGGAAAGCAAAUCAUAAAACCCGAAGCUGGCGAUCAUUUGGAUGAAUUUUUAAAGAAAAUGGAAGACCCCGACUUUUGGAGAACGGUUAAGGACCCACAAACUGGACAAAAUGUAAUCCUAAGUGAGGAAGACAUUAAUUUGAUCAAACGAAUCAAGGCUCAGAAAAUACCUGAUGUCAGUUUCGAUGAAUAUGCACCGUGGGUCGAAUGGUUCACAAGCCAAGUGGAGAAAAUGCCCAUCAGAAAAUUCCCUGAACACAAAAGGUCAUUCCUGCCCAGUAAAAAUGAGGCAAAAAAAGUCUCCAAGCUUGUCCAUGCCCUGAAAAUGGGCUGGAUCAAGACAAGGGAAGAACAGGCAAGGCUGAGGGCAAAGAAGGAACCACAGUUUUAUAUGCUGUGGAGUGCGGACGACCAAGCUGAAGAAAUGAGGAGGAUCCACAAACACAUUGCAGCUCCCAAGCGAUUACUACCAGGUCACGCAGAGUCGUAUAAUCCACCACCAGAGUAUCUUUUUGAUGCCAAAGAAAUGAAGGAGUGGAAUAAACUUAAAAAUGCCCCUUGGAAGCGAAAACUUCAUUUCGUGCCACAAAAGUUCGACGCUCUUAGAAAAGUACCUGCUUAUCCCAGAUUUAUCAAAGAGCGCUUCCUGCGUUGCUUGGACUUGUACUUGUGCCCCAGGGCCAUAAAAAUGAAACUGAGCAUCGAACCAGAAUCAUUGGUUCCAAAAUUGCCAAGUCCACGAGAUUUACAACCAUUCCCGACCACUUUGUCAAUAGAAUAUAAGGGCCAUACGGAUAUGGUUAGGACAAUAAGUACUGAUAAGACUGGACAGUAUUUGUUGAGUGGUUCCGACGAUUGCACAAUAAAAAUAUGGGAGGUAAAUACAGGCAGAUGUCUUAAAACUAUACAAACAGAUAGUAUAGUGCGCUGUGUUGAAUGGUGUCCCAAUGCGGCUCUAUCUUUAGUUUUGGUGGCUACUGGCAAUGAGGUGCUUCUCAUUAAUCCAGGAGUAGGCGAUUUUGUGGUGAGCAGCCGAACUGAUGACGUAUUAAAAGAAGCGCCAAACAGCGACGUAGUUAUCAGUGAGAGAGUAAAGAAGGCCGUCCAGUGGUGCGAACCAGAACAAAGUCUAUACGAUAGAGGAGUGCGAAUUCAAUUAAAGCACUUUAAAAUGGUGACUCAAGUCACUUGGCAUGGCAAAGGGGACUAUUUCGGAUCACUUAUGCCCGAUGGCCUAAACCGAUCUGUUUUAAUUUCGCAAAUAUCUAAGAGAAAAAGUCAAUUGCCCUUAACAAAAUCUAAAGGACUAGUGCAGUGCAUCCUGUUCCACCCAACAAAACCGUUUUUGUUUGUUGCUACACAGCGUCACGUGAAAAUAUACGAUCUAUUGAAACAGGCACAACUUAAGAAGCUAAUGACCAAUUCGAAUUGUAUUUCUACCAUGGCGAUUCAUCCGGGUGGUGAUAAUUUGUUAGUGGGGACUUACGAUCGAAAAAUGUUGUGGUUUGACCUGGAUUUAAGCACUAAACCCUAUCAGACGCUGAGAUUGCACGGAACAUCUGUGAGAGGGGUCGCUUAUCACAAGCGGUACCCAUUAUUUGCCUCAGGAUCAGAUGACAGAAGUCUUAUUAUAUCGCAUGGAAUGGUAUAUAAUGAGCUUCUGCAAAAUGCGUUGAUCGUACCUUUGAAGAGACUUCAAGACCAUCAGCCUUUCAAUGAUUUUGGUAUUCUGGGGGUCCAUUUCCAUCCGCUACAACCAUGGGUGUUUUCCUCGGGAGCUGAUAGCACUAUUAAAUUAUAUACGAAUUAAGGGAAGUAGCGUAAUAAAAAUGAAUUCGACAUUAAUAAAAACGUUGGAAUAAUC